AUGUACUGUUUUUCCUCUAUAAUAACAUCAUUUUUAAAAGACCUUCCAUCUCCAAUUUUUACGUAUUCAGAUAAAAAUAUGUUUUCAUCAGUUAUUUCCCAGUUUAAAGAAAUUAAUGAUUUACCUAAAACUGUUACUGCACUAACAUUAGCAAUUCGAAGAAUUGAUCCAAUUAAACGAAGAUUUUUAAUAUUUAUGCUCAAUCUAUAUUAUUCUAUUGCUCAACAACAAGAAAUCAAUAAAAUGACUAUCAACUAUCUUGGUAUAUGUGUUGCUCCAUCUUUUUUUUCACAAGAAAUUACUUAUAUGACUACUACUGAAAAAAAUGUUGAUUCUCAAAUAAAAAUUAUGACUUUACUAAUUGGAUUAUAUCCACUAAUUUGUUCUGGAUUUGAAGAGUCAAAGAAUGUUCUUGAACAAAGAUAUAACCUUACUCCUCAACAACUCUCUGACUAUAUGAAAAAUCCAUCUUCUUAUUCAAUUGAUGGAAUUGAAUUCAAUACUUCAAAACAAUCAUCUAACCCCUCUGUUUCUUUAAGACGAACCAAAAGCAUGGCUUGA